ACUUAGGGACAGUAGAAAUCGGAGAGCCAGGGUAUUUAGGAGAAGGCUAGAAACUGAUGGCUAAUCCAUCCCACUUCUCGAACAUGCAGCAAGUGUCGUUUGCUAAUUCGACGCCCAAUGGGGUAGCCAUUGGAGGAAAUGGUUACGGAACAGUUACGCGUUACAUAUGUGGCAAAGCAGGGCACUACUCCAUGAACUGUUGGCAAACCUCAGCGAGACUUUCCUCUCAACCUCCUAUCGAUAAUGAUACCGCGAAGAUGAGGGAUUUUUAUAAAAGAGCGGUUCAGAGAGAGAAAGAGGAAUGCGAGAGGAAGGCCAAGGAGGAAAUGGAGAAGAGAAGACUGGAGGAAGAUCAGAGGAGAGAAUCCGAACGGAUACUCAACGCCGAAGCGAGGGAGGCAAGGUUGGAGGCAACGAUCGCGCGAUUGUUGGCUCAGCAAAAUCGUACGAACUAUGCUAUAACGGCAACUCCGGCAACUGUAAGGAAGAAGUCUCCCACGUCGAAGGCUAGGAUGCUUCGAGAGAUCCGAAGUUAUAUUGGCGAAUCAGAAGAUGAGAGUGAGGAGGUAAGAGAAGAAGCGGGGAAGCUCGUGGACGCUAUCGAGAGAAGGAAGAAAGCAGGGAAGGUGAAGGCUCCGGUCGAGGAAGAGGAAGAAAGAUCAACUAGAGUUGUGAAGAGACCACGUGAAAAGACGGUGGAGGCUAAUCAAGACCCAGAUGACGAAUGUUUGAAGACGCCUAGGAAGGGCCUAUCGGCAUCUUGCUCGAACGAGGGAAUGAUCGAGUACGCCUUAGAAGUGCACAAGAGGAUGUCAGCAAAGAAAGUGCCAGAGAUUCGAAAGAUUUGCAGCAAAGAGGGGAUUAAGUGGUCGAAGAGAGAUGAAGUCAUCUGCGAAUUAGUAAGGUGCAGGACGAAGUUAGCAUAUGAAGGCUUUGUCGAGAGGAAGGAGGACAUCUCCCCGUUAAACGAGAAGUGAAGCUCGCAAAUCUUUAUAUGAUCUUGUUGAAUAUGGACGAGUUGAACAAAUGCAUGCUACUCCG